AUGCAGUCGUCGCCAGCGAAUCCGGACGCCUCGGCCACUGCGCUCAGGACGGCUUGGAGCGAGUUGCAGGUGGAAUUCCGGACCGCGGCCGUCGCACGGGACGGAGCUUGCGGGGCUCACAAUCAUCUGACGUGCCCCAAGUGUCGAGAUGUCACGGUCCUCUCUGAACUGGGGGUGGACGCUCUCCCCAUCAACUGGGACCUCAUGCAAGUGGUGGACAUAAUCGGAGAGGAGGCGGAUGAGUCACUGUUGGAUGCAAACUCUUUCACCUCCCAUCAUUCCAGUAGUCCGCUCACCUCUCUCCUCCCCAUGGCUCACUCUGACAACAUGCCCAUGUGCCGUGAGCACAAUCGCCGACUGGACUAUUUCUGUGAAAAGUGUGACGUGUUGGUCUGUGCCACAUGUGCCAUCAACACUCACGGAGGACACAAGCCAAAAGAAGCUCAGAAGCUUACAACAGAGCUUCGCUCACAGUGCGUCGAUCCUCUAGAGAUCCGAUACCUCCGGACAAACGUCGCGAUCGACGAGAACACCCGAUCUACAACCAGAUCAAAGACCACGACUACAACGGUCCUUCUGAAGAGAAAACAGAUUGCCGCGGAGGUCGAUGCCGUCGUGAACGAGGUCGACGGACUCGAACGAGACCCGGUCGAGAAACUGGAAGACGGGCCAGAGUGUGUCCUGCGCGAGGAGCUGCUUCAGGAGGCAAGCGGGUUUGGCGAGAUUUACUGCACUCCGACCCCUGCAAAGUUCGUCGCGUCGGGACCCGGACUGGAGAAAGGUUUACAGGUCGGAAAGGAGGCGGAGUUUGUGGUUGAAGCUCACGAUAAGUACGGUCAGCGGGCGUUCAAGGGAGGGAACAAGGUGGAGGUCAAGAUUUUGGACCCCCAGGGGGCUGAGAUUCCGGUUGCCAUCGACAAUGCCAAAAGGGGGAGGAGCCUGGUUCGGUACACGCCCAAGAAAGUUGGGUUCCACGUCGUCACGAUUUUGGUCGACUCGCAGAGAAUUUCAAACUAUCAAUGGAACGUCAUGGUGUACGGUUACCGUGACUACUCGGUGAUGACGAAGCCUCGGCUGUAUCUGUCGCGUCAGCAGAUCAGCGACAUGUCAACGGCUGGUAAAAGAGAGCCAUCGGCCUGGCAGGUCACCCAGUGGCCUGUUCAGUAUGCCCAUUGGAAUCACACAGCCAACAGCAAAGACGAACUCUUCAUAGCUGACAGACAGGCUUGCAAGAUAACCAAAUUGGCUCCUGACGGCAGGGUCGUUGGAUCGUACGGGAGGCAGGGAAGAGGCAGCGGGGGGUUGAGGCAUCCAGAGUCCGUCGCCGUGACAACCGACAGACUGUUUGUGGUUGACACGGGCAACAACUGCAUCCAGGCGAUGUCGUUGAAGAGUGGUAAAUUCAAGGUCAUUGGAGGUCGAGGUGUGCCCGACGGAAUACAGCUAAGAGAACCCCAGGGAGUGGCGUCGAUGAGGUCAGAGGUCGUCUCUACAUCACCGACGCCGGCUACAACUGCCUCCUCUGCGUCUCCUGGCAACCCUCGAGCCCAUCGCUGCCUUCGGGCAGGGCGGGGAAGUCCCUCUAAUCAGCCCCACGUCUGUUGCCGUCGACCGUGACGGGUUUCUCCCUAGUAACGUCGGCCAAGGCACACCUCCUCUUUGUCGUGUCUCCGCAGGGUGCAAAGGUCAAGCAGCUGGGUGGCGAGGGAAUGCUGUUUAAAUCUCCGAGCAGUGUCUGCGUGGAUGGUCAGGGGAACGUUAUAGUGGCCGAUCCAGCAAUCCCCUGCAUCCACAUCUUCUGAACACUCAACUCCACUAUUUAGGGUCAUACAUAUGUAUACACUACAUACAUGUACACUGUCGUUCUCACUACAGGCAAACGCAGUUCUACCAAGAGGUAGUAAUUGGCGUGUCGUUUAGCAUGGGACAGUGUGGAAGUUUGUAAUUUCUAGCACACUCUUGUUUGUUACGUGUUCAUGUGCAUGCAUAGUGCCACUAUUUGUAUAUAUAUGCAGGUCGUCAUGUAAUUGGAACUAUGGGAGGAAAACACCCCUGGUUGGGGGAUUUCCCUCCUAACAUCCUCACUGUUCCUUAGGUGUGGUCAACAUUAUGUCAUGUAUGUAUUAUAUUAUACACCAUAAUUAUACCUCUUCCUUCCGCUCUUUAUAUCGCCCCUUAUGCACAUCCAUCAAAUGAUGCACCUUACGUCUUCUGAAACUGUGUGUAUACAUGUGUGAUUCAGCAAUGUUGUGAGGUAUCGU